GUAGCGAUAAGAUGGUGAGAGAUUCCGGAAGGUUCUGCAAUUCCAACUCAUUCUCAUUUAAUCUGGAUACUUUUCCUGUUUCUUUCUGGAAUCAUCUUCUCCAAACCUCACUCUAUCCAUUAGAUCUUCCAUCUUCCUCCUCCACUUGAACCACUCUACUCCUAUCAAAACCAAAAUAAAUCCACGCCCAAGAGAUACAAGAUAGAAAAGAAAGAAGAAGAGAGAAGAAACAGAAAAGAAAUGGCGGAUUCGUUCUUCGGAGAUCCCUUCCGGCGGUUCUUCUGGAGCCCUGCGAUCGUCCAAGAAUGGCAAGGAUCGUUCGCCGCCGCCAUGGAUUGGCUCGAAACCCCCUCCUCUCACGUCUUCAAGGUCAACGUCCCAGGGUACGGGAGGGAGGACAUCAAGGUCCAGCUCGAGGAGGGGAACGUCCUCAGCAUCAAGGGGGAGGGGCCGGCGACGAAAGAGGAGAAGCCCAAGGACGCCGUGUGGCACGUCGCCGAGAGGGGGAAAGGGGAGUUCCACAGGGAAUUCGUGCUGCCGGAGAACGUGAGGACCGACCAAAUCAAGGCCCACGUCGAGAACGGCGUCCUCACCAUCGUCGUCCCCAAGGAGCCGCUCGCCGCCAAGCCCAAGCCCAGGACCAUCGCUGUCACCAGUAAGCUCUGAUCAAAUCUCCUCGACAAUGCUUGGUCGAAAUGAAUGCUUGUUAUAGAAAACCAAAAAAAAAAUCAUAAAAUUAUGUUAUGUAUUAUGAGUUAUGAAUAAUAAUAAAACAAUGCGUGGAGGAGGAUUGUGUUAAUGCAGUCGUAAAAUUUAAUGUGCUUUUCACGGCAAUUUCUA